GUUUCGAUCUUGCAACUAUCGCCUCCGUAAGUUUAAAACCCUACAAAAACAACCAUCAAUGGCGAUUUAACACCAGCAAAUUCCCUCUCAUCUCCCUCAAACCCCCCAGGAGAUUAGGAGAGGCCUGACCCCCUCUUAAAGCUCCGUCUUAUUUUCCAUCUCCUCAACCAUGAAGAAGAAACGCACCCAAGAAUCCCAACUACAAUACGAACUAGGAACAUGUUCAAAGCAAAACGAUCUCACAAAAGCAAUCUCUCUCUACAAUUCAGCUUUGUCCGAAAACCUCCGAUUAUCUCACCAUCACUUCAAUUCCAUCCUGCACUUAUGCUCAUCCCCAGACUCCCUCUCCUCCCCUAACAAAGCCUUCGCCCUCGAAAACGGCUUCCGGGUUUUCGAACAAAUGCAAUCCAAUAACAUCCCGCCAACCGAGGCGACGAUUACCCAGGUUGCGCGCCUAGCCGCUGCAAGAAAUGACCCUGAUUUUGCAUUUGAGUUGAUUAAAAGUGCCAAGGAUAAAGGGGUUUUGCCGCGGUUGCGGACAUACGGACCUGCAUUGUUGGGGUAUUGUGAGAAAUUGAUGGCGGAGGAAGCGUAUGGCGUGGAGGACCAUAUGAGGGGUAAUGGGGUUAGGUUAGAGGAGGGAGAAUUUAGUGCCCUUUUGAGGGUUAGUGUUGAAAUGGGGAGGGGGGAGAAGGUGUAUGAGUAUUUGAGUAAGUUGAGGGGGGUUGUGAGAGGUGUUAGCGAGGAGACUGCUGGGGUUGUGGAGAAUUGGUUUCGAGGGGUGAAGGCGGCCGAGGUGGGUGUUGAGGAGUGGGAUGAUGGGGAGGUGAAGGAAGUGAGGGAGAAGUGUGGGGGCGGGUGGCAUGGGAUGGGGUGGUUAGGGAAGGGCCCUUGGGAGGUGAAGAGGGUGAAGGUUGAGGGUGAGGGGGGCUGUUGUGGGUGUGGAGAACGGUUGGUUUGUGUCGAUAUCGAUUGUGGGGAGACUGAGAGGUUUGCACAAUCGAUUGCUGGUUUGGCUAUGGAGAGGGAGGCUAAGUCUGAUUUCAAGAGUUUUAUGGAGUGGAUUGAUAACCAUUCUGAAUACGAGGCUAUAGUAGAUGGAGCAAAUAUUGGGCUAUACCGACAGAAUUUUGCUGAUGGGGGGUUUAGCAUUGCACAGCUUGAAGCUGUAGUAAAGGAGCUGUACACUAGGAACAAAAGGUGGCCUUUAGUUGUCCUGCAUAAGAAACGUCUACGGGAAUUCCAGGGCAACCUUUCCAGUCAAAAGCUGCUUGAGGAGUGGUUAGCUCAAGGCAUACUCUACGCAACACCUAGUGGAUCAAAUGAUGAUUGGUAUUGGCUCUAUGCUGCUGUGAAGAUGAAGUGCUUGCUUGUUACAAAUGAUGAAAUGCGUGAUCACAUAUUUGAACUGCUUGGAAGCAGCUUUUUUCUUCAGUGGAAAGAAAGGCAUCAAGUCCACUAUACGCUUGUGAAAGGAGUUCCAACCCUUAAAAUGCCUCCAACAUACUCUAUUCUUAUACAGGAAUCUGAGAGGGGAUCUUGGCACAUCCCAAUAGCCAGUGAAAACACUGAUGAGUUUUUCAGAAGUUGGCUUUGCGUCACCAGGUCAAGUAGUUUCAACCCUAACUCAUCUAACUUGGGCAAACCGAUGCAUAUUAGUAUAAACAAAUGCAACAAAGGGGGCCAAGAUUCUCCUCACAGUUCCGGAAAUGGGGUUUCAUCUCUAACUGGUAAAAGGAAGGAGAGAGAACCGUCUCCUUCCAUGUUGCAUUAAUAUGUGCCGGUAGCAAUUUAUAAUUUUUGUUUCAGAACUUCACUGCACGUCUCCUUGUGCUUCUCCAUGGCUAUGGAAUAGGACUAAUACCUAAAAUAUUCAGCCACAUAUAAAGUAUGUAAAAGUAUCCUUUUUAAGAGGGAUUAUUUUUUCCAGGUAGGCCAUAUUUUAUAAGACUGUUGAAGUUAUUAGUACUUAUUUGGUGGAGUAUUAUACUACUACUGUAGAGAGUUGUAAGACCCUUAAGGACCUUGCUGCAUCGAGGUAUUUUGAUAUUUACCGUUGGGUCGUUGACAUCUGUAAAUUUGCAUGAUUCUAUUGCUAUUUGUUAAUGGAAUGUUCAAUUCAUCGA